AUGGGAAUGGUGGACGCAGCGGGAAGAGCUGUCGAUCCUUCUGAAGGCCACGGCUCGGCGGGUCUUCGUCCAACUUUCAUGAUAUAUAUUUAUGAAACCAGCGGCAAGCAUCGGGUUAUGCAUGAAACUACUGGACUUCCGGACUCAAAGACGGUUCUGCAAUUGCAGCAGCACCUUCCUACGUUGAAACCAUUCUUGGACUCUCUCCCUGCCCCAUUCCAUUGGCGCGUUGAAACUCGCGAAGAAGCCGAAGGGUUAUCAGAAAGAAUCCAUCAACUCAACGUGAAGGGCGUAGUUGCUAGCAUGGAACUCGCAGAGAAAGCCAAGUCGGUUGGAAAUGAAGCGUUUUCGCGCAAGGAGAGAGCUGCUGCUAUCAAGGCGUAUACUGAAGCUAUCGGACAUCUUAUCGAUGUGCUUAGUAUGAAGCCAGAUCUUGACGAAGAAGCAAAGGCCAAAAAUUUGCUGGCUGUCUGCUAUUCUAAUCGAGCGGCGACUUACCUGAUCCCUGGAGCUGGGCAGGAUGUUGAGCGAGCUCUUUUGAAUGGCAAGAAGGCUGAAAUGGCUGAUCCUUCGUAUGCCAAAGGAUACAUUCGACAGGCAACGGCGAGUGAGGCAUUAGGGAAAUUGGACGAUGCGCAGGAUGCCAUAGCAAGAGCGUUGCGACGCCCUGAUUUGGAAAAUGAUAAGAACCUGGUAGAUCGCCUCAUUGAUCUUCUGACAGGGGGCAAAGGGAUGUCCAACGAUGAGGGCACUUUCAAGAAUUGGAUGCUGGAUGUUUUGAUAAAUGACAGGAGGAGCAGUGAGAGGCUGAGCGGAAUCGACGGAGAAUGGAGGCGGAGAUGUGAUGAACAGUUUGCUCGAUGGAAACGUUGAGAUGGCGCCAUGGGUUCUUGUGCUUUCCAUUCAUGCUUUGCAUCCGGGGGCGGCAUUUGCUCUUUCAAAGAUCCCAAGUAGAUCUAUAUGCGUUUACAUCCUGAUUGAUUAUUGCGACGAAAGAUCAUUCUAUGAGAGGUUGUGUUGUGUUGACCGCCACAUCGGGUUUACAGAGAGUUUCAUAAAAACUUCACUCUAACGUCUA